CGCACUUGCUCCUUUCACUAAGGGGCGGGGCUUUGCUCAGUCGCCUAACAAUGACGUAGAAUUUCCUCGCUAGAGCCGUGGAUUUCCUGCGCGUGUGUUUGUAGUUGCAGCGGAUACGAUUCCAAUAUGGCAUCAGCUUUGGAGAAUUAUAUCAACCGAACUGUAGCUGUAAUUACAUCAGAUGGUAGAAUGAUUGUGGGUACACUGAAAGGUUUUGAUCAAACCAUAAACCUGAUUUUGGAUGAAAGCCAUGAACGAGUAUUCAGCUCAUCCCAAGGAGUAGAGCAAGUAGUGCUUGGUCUUUACAUUGUAAGAGGAGACAAUGUGGCAGUCAUUGGAGAAAUAGAUGAAGAGACAGACUCUGCACUGGAUUUGGGAAACAUUCGAGCAGAACCACUAAACUCAGUAGUGAAUUGAAAAACUUCAAAGAAAUUGUGUAAAUCUUGGACUGUAUAUGGUUUAUUGAAUACAAUAUUUUUUACAAGCUAAGGAAUUAAGAAACAUUGUACUUGAGCUGUUUACAUGUUAUUUUAAAUGUGUCCUUCUCUAUUAUGUACAUUAAAAUCUUUCUACAUUUUAAA